AUUGUGACCAGGCUAUUGUAGUCGAAUUUAUUCAGUUAACAGAGUUUUGUGAGUCAACACAAAAAGCUAACUGAUAUGACAGCAUUUAGUCCUUAAGCAUUGUGUUAAUGGAGGUUGUUGUUAGGGCAAAGAUAUAAAUAUCAUGAUAUCAUGGUCAGACGUUGAUACAAACAAAUUGUUUGUUCCUGGGAAAAGCUAUAUUUGGAUUAAUACGGAUGUUGGCACUACAAAACAAUGAAAACUCAUCCAAUGACAAAACAAUUGGAUGUUUAAACCGGAUAUGAGAUAAAUGAAAUUCAACUUUAAAAUAUAAAUCAAAUCGGCCAAAGUAAAAGCAAGACGAGCAAAAAUCAGUUCUUGAAGAAAAAUGAAAGUACGUUGAAUGGAAAAAUAGGCGCUAAAAGUGUUCAUAUAAGGUUAUUAAAACCAACCUAAAAACCAUACAAUUCUUCAGCAAUUAGUCGUUAAAAGAUAAAAAUCAUAUACAAGUAUUUAACAUGUAUGAAGGAUUCUGAGUGGAUCUUAUCAAUUUUCACAAUUCUAAAUGAUUGCAACAAUUUGAUUGACUUAAUCUGAUGAUAAAUCACAGACUGCAUGUAUUGACCUUUCAAACAUUAUAGAUAAAUGGAUUAUUUUAUGACCAUUAACAACAGACGAUUUAGAUUGCAUAAGGGACAUUACUGUUUAUCGAUAGUAAUAUAUCAGAACUUGUGCGUGAUGUUAAUGAAGUAUACGUGAAGCUGAUAAAUUAAUUCAGGAAACAAGAGAACAUAAAAAUUGCAUUAUACCACCAGAUGUGAAAGAUUCUAUGUGAGGCAUGAAUGGAAUAAAAGAGGUAACCAAAACAGAAAAUUGUAACAUUUCUACAAAAAUGUAUUAUUUAUUACAUUUAAAUGGAGUCUUGAUUUUAGCAUGCAAUUAAAUGAGAUCAAAUAGAAUUAAAUGUUAAACAUAACUACCAACAUUUUUUAAAGGUCGCUAAAAGUUUAUAACACGGAGAUUGUGAAAUAGGAGCAAAUGGAUAAAUGCAAUCAUGAUAAUAUCAAGGAUUUAAAGGAUUGAAAUAGAAAAAAUCCAUUAACAUUUCAACUGGAAAGAUAUAAAUCAGAGAGUGGAACAAAUACAUUUAUCAAAGUUCACAAGAAUAAAGGUACAACCAGUACUUUUGCAGUAAAAUACUCCAUGAGGCCAAAUGUUAAGUGUUGUUUAAAAUAACUGAACAUCAGACAACACAAUCUAAUGUAGAGAAGACGUGUGUUGAAAUUGAAACUAAAACUGAAGAUGAGUCAGACAUAUGAGCGAGUCAUCCAACUGAUAGAGACUCCUCCAGGAGAAAGAUCCACGAAGGAGAUCAAUAUUAUAUUGCCAUGGCUACAAAAGAAGAGUCAGUUACUUCAAGAUAUGGAAAAGGAUAUUCUAAUUGAUAUUGUACGCAACUGUCAACACCUUAAAGCAGUAUGCGAUGAUGUCAUCAUACGUCAGGGAGAGAUUGGUGAUUGUUUCUUCAUCAUUCUGAAUGGUUCAGUGGCUGUAUAUGUUGAUGCAUCUAAGUCUGGGGAGGAUGAGAAAUCAACAGAAGAGCCAGAUGACAAAUUAUUAAGGAAUAAGCGGAAAGAAAGAGCAAAAGAAAAUAAGCCCCUUGAAAGAAAUAAACUUGGAAAGUUUGUUAUCAAGUUUGAUGUUGGUCGCAGUUUUGGCGAGAUUGCCUUGAUCAGCGAAGAUGCAAAACGUAAUGCAACAAUAGUAGCAGAUGAGGAGACUGACUUCCUGGUAAUCAACAGAGACCUCUAUAACAGUACACUAAAGGCAUCUCAAGAGCAAGAAUAUGCUGAGCGUGAAUCAUUUGUGCAGACACAUCCAUUCUUUGCCAAAUGGUCAAACAAAUUCAAGAAGCUUCUAGAGAUGAGUAUCGUGAAAGAAAAUUACUCAUAUGAUACACCUAUAGUCAAGCAAGGAGACCCAUUCAAUGGACUCUAUUUCCUACGCAAGGGCCGAGCUCAAAUUAUUCUAGAGCCUUCCAGACAUGCUCAACAAUACCCCUCCAGUUAUCCUUUCAUAGCAUCGCAUGACCUCUUUGAACUGGAGUCAAUAAACUCUGUAAAGAAAGCCUACGCAACAAAAGAUCACCCAGAUGUCACCAAAACACCAGUAAAACAGGACCAGGUACUAGUGAGACGUAGAGAUGGUUACGCUGCAGCAGAAAAUCGCAUCCAUCAUAAAACGAUCGGACUAUGUUUUGUGGAAGAAGGAGAAACUCUUGGCGAUUUAGAGCUUAUCAUGAACCUAGGAUCAUAUUAUAGCACAAUAAUUUGUACUGCUCAAACUGAGGUCUACCUGCUGAAUAUUAAAAACUUUGAUAGGUUAGUCUCAAAAAGGAAUCCAUUGACAUUGGACAUUGUUAAGGAGCAUGUGAUAACAAAACUCAAGGGCAGAGUGGAUUCAGUUCAAGGAGCUGAAGUUCCACUACUGAAGCACUCCUUGUUUAAACUCACUGAUAAUCGUAAACCAGUUGCAAAAAAGGCAGUUUCUCUAAGAACACGAAAGGAUCUCCCGGAUCACGACCUUCUUACCCAACACCUUCUUGAAGUGUUUAUUCAGAAUAAAGCUGAGCUUAUUGAGCCAUAUGUCCCUGGUGCUGUCUAUUUGAGAGAGAAAAUGAGAGAAAUGGCAAGAAUUAGAGAAAAUGUGCGACAAAGACGUUUAGCUCAAGGCCGAUUAAAAGAAAUUCCUAAAAGGAAAACUGAACGUAAACCUAGAUCUAUUCCAGCAUUAAGGGAAGCAUUGAGAAGGCAAGAAAUGAAUGAUGAGGAAAAGGAAAAAGAAAUGCUGAAAGAAAUCCUGGAAAAACUCAAAGUGUUACAAGAUGUAAAUGAUACUUUGGAAUUUAAUGAUGAGCCUGAAAAAAGUAUGGACCUCAAAAUAAAAGCUGAUAAUAAAUCAACACCAUCAUAUGAAAUACAGAAUUCAGACACGCAGAAAAAACAAACUGAACUCCCACAACCACUCCAAUUGAACAAUCUGGUAGAAAGAUCAUCAAAACCGUCAUUUUCAACACCAAUAGAAAAAGCAAAUACCAUUGAAUCUGGUGCUAAUAAAAGAAUUCUGCCACCAAUAAGUGAAGAGAGCAAUGCCAAUGAAAACAUUAAUAUAGAUGACAUUGACUCUCAUUCUCUGCCUUUGUUAGGCAAGCGAGAAAAAUCAUUUGUGACAGAGACUGACCACAGGGAUCAUUUUCUCCCACCAGCCAAAACAUCAACACAUGAACAAACAAAAAACAAUGAAUAUGAUGUUAUCAAAGACAAGCAAAGAAAAAGUGAAAGUCCACAAAAGGAAAAAGUGAAAAUGAAAUUCAUCAAUGCUUAUGUCAAGGACAAAAUUGCUAGAAUUGAUGACAAGGUUGAUUUCAAUGACUAUGAGACUAAUGACACGACUUUGUCUUAUCUGGAAGAGAGAUUGAAGAAGUUCCACUUGAAGACAAGGAAACCGAAGUCAGCCAAGCGAAUACGUUCAUCAAUCAAAUUACCAAAGCUACGAAGAUAUGUGGUACCUGACUCUAUGGGUGUACAGCAGCCUAAGCCUGGUGGCAGAGUGCUCAUGAAGCUGAAGGAAUGUAAAUUGAACACAACCAGCCAUCGAAAUCAUGAGCACUUCAAGUACCACAUGGUCCCAGAACUACCUGACACAGUCAAAAAGGAGAACUCACGUCUCGUCAUGGAAAUGUUCAUGAAGACAUCACUCGGCAAGAAAGCUGCGACUAAACGUCUUUCUCAAGUGUCUUAUGAAGAAACUUGAUUUCAUUUAAUUGGGAUUUAUGAGACAAAUUCAAAUUGCAAUAAAAUAUUGUGCAACAGAAUUAUAAUGGGAAGAAAUCUAAACAACUUAAUAUGGUGGAAAAGCAAUACAUGUAAAAUAAAAAACAACUCUUACAUCAUUACAGAAAUAGUGACUUGGUUGAAGAAGAUCUGUAGACUUCAUGCAAUACUAAUAUGACAUUACAUUAUGCUAAAAUGCAAUAUAUGUACCCACAUAUAUUUAAAGUUUUAACAAAUGAUUUUAUAUGAGAACAAAUAUGAUACAAUGUCAUAUCAUAGUAAAUCAUAUACACUGUAUGUAAAUAAAUGAGAAAAUGGUGCCUCAAGGUUCAGUUUUCAGCUGGACAUAUUCUCUGAAUAAUGUGCUUUUUUGGCUUUGCUUAAAUGAAUAAAAUGUACAAUAUGAAAUAAAUUAAAUCAAAAUUGUUAGAUAAAACCAACUUACAUAUUACUAUAUACAAUUACAACUUAGCAGAGCUUCACAUUUCUAAUAAAUUGUAGAGAAUAUUCUAUGACA